UCACUAAUGACUUUGGGCAUUAAAGAUGCAUUUUCACUUCCAAUAAUAAUGGUCUGUGACUGCUCUUGAUCUUUUAAAUUAUAAACAGGUAAUGCUUGCAUGUGGCAAGUACAACUUGGUUCAUGAAUUUUUCAGGAAAGUGGAGAAGUCCUGUAUUCCAAAGGCUUUGAAUUACAAAGUUCUUGUAAAUACUCUUUGGAGGGAAGGUAAAAUGGAUGAGGCUGUGUUGGUAGUCCAAGACAUGGAAAGGCGAGGGGUAGUGGGUUCUGCUAGUCUUUACUAUGACCUUGCUCGUUGUCUCUGCAGUGCAGGAAGAUGCCAAGAAGCACUCAUGCAGAUUGACAAAAUAUGUAAGGUGGCAAACAAGCCUCUUGUUGUCACUUACACUGGACUCAUUCAAGCUUGUCUAGAUUCUGGAAGUGUUCAAAAUGGAGCAUACAUUUUCAACGAAAUGCAAAAAUUCUGCUCCCCUAAUCUGGUGACUUGUAAUAUUAUGCUGAAAGCUUACCAGGAAAGUGGAAUGUUUGAAGAAGCCAAAGAUCUUUUCCAGAAGAUGUCUGAAAAUGUCAUUCACAUUAAAACAGACGGUGAUUAUAGGGGUAGGGUAAUUCCUGAUAACCACACAUUCAACACCAUGCUGGAUGCCUGCGUUGUGAAGAAGAAAUGGGAUGAUUUGGAGUAUGUCUAUCAGCAAAUGCUGCAUCAUGGGUACCACUUCAAUGCAAAGCGUCACCUUGGGAUAAUCAUGGAGGCUUCUGGGGCUGGAAAGGGAGAAUUUGUGGAGAUGACCUGGAAGCACUUGGUUCAGGGAGAUCAGGUUCCACCUCCAGCUAUCAUUAAGGAGAGGUUUUGUAUGAAAUUGGAGGAAGGUAACUAUGCUGCAGCCAUCACCUGCAUUAUCAGUCAUCAGACAAGUGAGGUGCAUGCCUUCUCCAAGAAGACAUGGCUGAAUUUAUUCAGGGCCAAUGCCCAUCGCUUUCAGGAGGAUACUGUUAUUACAUUGAUGCAUGAGCUAAGCAUUCUCGUUGCUGGCAGUGAGCAUCCCCACCCUACAUUACAGAGUCUAAUAAUAUCUUGUCGAGAGUUUGUCAAGGACCAUGUAACAGAUGACAUCAACACAAAACAAAAUGUUAAAACACUUUUACCUGUAUAAACGAAAUAGUUUUCGUGAAGUACUCUAUUCUAUCCCUUGUUGAAUGAAUAGUAAUAUUCGAGUUUCAUGAUUUCAG